UGUGAGAUAAGUCUUUUGUGUGCAUAUAUUUGCAAUUUUAUGAACACCGUUCUGUUGUUGUAACUUUUUCAUGAAAAGAUGUCAAAACAUACCUAUUUGUGAGAAUCCCCCCCUCCCACUUCCACCCCCUUCAAAAAGAAAUGUUUUCCAGAAGGAACUAAAUUUGUAACUCAAGGAGUACAAACUAUUUGCCUCAUUGUUUUUUUCCAUUUGUUGAUAAUUAUUUCAUCCUACCUAACUUGUGCUGCUAAUAUUUUAAUUCCAAGCAAAUCUCUGUAGUUUAUUACUUAUUGACAAUUUGUUAUUGCAACUUCCGUUAGCUGAAGACACUUGCUGCAACACCCAGAAAGUGAGAUACUGACAUUUUUGCUUUAUGUUUCAUUGUUAUGACUUUUUCCUUUUUGUCCAUCCCUCUCCCUCCCCCUUCCACUGCAGAAGUUGCUUUACAUUUGUUCUGUAGCUCUUCUUAUAGCUUUUUCUUGUAUGAAUUCACUUGAGGCAACCUAAUUGUGUCAUCUCUAAUGGAUUCAGUUACAUUUACUUCACUGGUUGAAGUGGUAUAGUGGAAAAAGCACUGAGCUGACAUUUGAGCAGUCAAGAUUUAGGUUUCCUGUGGUUUCCAUACAUCAGGGAAGGUGAACACCAGGAUGAUAGUCUUUAAAAGGCACAGCAAAUAUUCUUCCCCAUCCUUGUUUUUCACUUCAUCUCCUAUAGCGUAGUCAUUAACAGGAGGCUUUGUGCCUUGCAUUGUAGUUUUGCUCUACUCUUUCGGAAUUUAUUUAUUUAUUUAUGUGUGUGUGUGUGUGUGUGUGUGUGUGUGUGUGUGUGUGUGUGUGUGUGUGUGUGUGUGUGAAAAUUUUGCAUUGGCUUUCAAACUGCAUGAUUUGGUUUUAAGAAUCAGGCAACCAGUAACGUACAUAAAUAUCAAGCAUUGGUGACAAAAAUAAUGACUGUAGAUAUAUCGAGUUUAUCUACAAUUCAAAGUGUUUUAUCAGAUGUUAUGUCACAGUUUAUAUACUUUGAGAUAAUUAUUAUUAUUCUCUCAAUUUGGGAACCAAACUUCAACAUUAUUUUCAUAAGCAAUAGAGGUGGAAUUUCUGUUUUAACAGCCAGUGCAGUCCAGAACCCAAUAUGUGUGAUAUAUAAGAGAAGAAAGACAUGAUUCAUAUACACCCUAGGGCAACUGAAGUUGAUGAGCCUGACUUGAAAUGUGGAAUCAAGAAGCAACAGUUCUUUCGAAAUAAAAGUAUUUCUCGAAGUGGAACACAGUCUUCUGCUGAACUAAGCUCUACACAGCUAGUGCACAACAGCUUUGUGAAGCAAGCUGCUCAUUCAUUUUUUGAAGUUGCAACACUUCUGGAUUCUGACACAUGGCAACUGCCAGAAGGAACACAGGAAUCCCUCAAGAAUAAAAGGCCAACUGGAACAAGAGCUUUUCCUGUAACAGAAGGUCCAGGUGUAUUUCCAUGUGAUAAUUGUGGAAAGUCAUAUAAAUGGAGAAGAACACUUCGUCACCACCUCCGUUUAGAAUGUGGAAAAGAACCUGCAUUUCAGUGCCCAUUUUGCCCCUUGCGCUCAAAAAGAAAGAGUAAUAUUUCUGCCCAUAUAAGAUAUGUUCACUUGAAAUGAUUUUAAGAAUCUAAACAUGUUAAUCAGUCAAGUAUCUUAUCACUUUUUGACUAGUCUCCUUUGUAGUUCGUGUGUUGCAUUUAAUUCUUCAUCAUCCUUUGUAUUUGUUUACUUCUGCUGAAAUGUCAUCUAGAAACAAUUUACUGUUAUGUUUAGUCGCACAGUUAAAAUGAAGCUUGUUGACUGCUUACAAUGAUUACUAGUGUUGAAUUU